UAACUCUCUUUCUCGUGCUUUUAAGGACAAAACACAAAGAAGUUCCCACAUAAGCGCUUCUUCAAACGCGCUUUUUUUCCAAUGUGAUUCUUACGGAAAGCCUCCCACGCAAAAGUACUUUUUCCCAAAUGCGAUUUUGCAGCCAGACAACUUUUUCGCAAACCCAAAUGCGAUUCGUAAUCUCACUGCAUCGAUUCAGUCGCGUUUUGGUUCUGGUUCAGAAUACUUAUGGUUUGGUGCAUUUUUAAGGUAAGCUUCACGAUUUCAUGUUGAUUAGGGUUUCAAUUGGUUUAUCUGGUUUUUUGUUUCGGUAUUGAUUCUAAAUUAAGUUAACACUAGCAUCAACAUUAUGAAGCUAAAUGGAGGAAUGUUUAGCGGUUAAAAAUGCAGAAAAAUACAGCUUUUGGUCUUGCCCGCAAGGUGUUCGGUAAAACACCUCAAUCGUAUCUCUUGAUUCUUUUGCUUCAAUUUUUUUACUUCAUGAUGUUGAGUUGUUGUACUGCUGGUAUUGUUCAUUUAUGAUCAUUUGCGGCGUGUGAAUUGGCGGAGAAUUGUCGACGUUACUACCUUUUUACAACUUACGCCUCACGUGUUCGACAAAAAGUUUCAACCAGUUUCUUUCCUCUUUUUGCUUUUGUUUUGAUGUGCAUUGUGAUGCUGAAUUUUCUGUUAUUGUUGCUGAACUCAUUCUGCUUAUUGAAUUGGUUAUCAAGUCUAUAGUGGAUUUCUGUAUUUCAGCUUCAAAGUCAUGCAUAAAAUAUGAUGUUUAGAUGAGCAAGCUUAGAUUGAACUUGAUAAAUUCACUUGAUUUGAUGCUUUGUUUGUAGACUAAUUUCUCAUUUCUUAAUUAAAGAAUUGCAGUGAUGAGUAUGAUACAUGGACAUGCCUUCUCCUUGGAAUUCAAGCAGAAGUUUUGGUUUAACCUUAAACAUCCAAUGAAUUUGGUUUACAGACAGUCAUCUUCUAUUUGUCAGUUUUUUUUUUAGAAUUCUAACUAUGGUUUAAACUGAUUUGCAAGAUCUUGGGCAGUUUGUAGCAGGCUUUGUAUUACUAUCUUUUGUUCAUGGACUAUUUCAUCAAUCAAUCAGAAGUUCCACUUUUUGUGAAUGGAAUACUAAUAAAGUUGAGUGGGGAGAGUGCAUUUAUGCUUAUGAGUCUUCUUGGAGAACUCUUGUGCCUCACAACUUUUACCUUCAUUCCUCUAUUGUACAGGGUAGACAUAAGGAAGCUGAUGAAGUGUUGUGCUAUACCCGAAGAGGAAUCCAUAGUUAACAAUCAGUACAUUCCACAAAAGAUGGGAUCAAAAGGCGUCGACCACGUUGCAAUCAUAGUUACAAUUGGAAAUUCAUGGCUAUUUGCUGAAAUUUUUACCGCGGCUGGUGCAUAUAAUGAAAGACCACAAUUGACUCAAUUCGGUUGCCGCACUGAUAGAUCUGGGUUGAUCACUGCAACUCGUUGGAUAAGUCUCCUGAAUCAGUUGCAAUGGGGAACCCCUUCUUUUAACGCCGGUGAUAUUUUCGCAAUGAUUGCUGCUUCUCUUGUUGCCAUUGUAGAGAGGUCAAUCUCUCUAAGAAACAUGCUGAAGCUCUUUUGGAUAUGAGCUUACGAAGACUGGCCCUUUGUGAGGAAAAUCUUGGUCGCAUUCGUAAGACUCUCGCUGACUUCACCAGCUUGAAUCACUGAGUAGUUAACAUACUACUUCUGUCGGGUGGACUCCAUCAAUGCUUUCGAGCCUGAUGGUUACAAAUCCUCUUGAUUAUGUUGAACCUUUGGGAACAGCUUGUGCUUCUGGGUUUACACUAAAUAAAGCUGGUGCUUCUGGUACUUCGGGUGGACCGUUUCCAGCGGGUUUACACUAAAUAAAGUUGGUGCUUCUGGUGCUUAUGUUGAAUCCUCUUGAAUAUUUUACUUGGUCGUUGAUUAGAUUCAUACAAAAUAGGGGUCUUUAUAGUUAUACUUAUUCAA